GGGGGGGGGGGGGGGGGGGGGCUGUGUGUAACAAUGCUCCCCCCCCAGGAAUAGAAUUUGGGCUCGGAUUCCAUUGGUGGAUCCGUGGCUGUGCCACCUUUUAGAGCCACUCUGACUGCUUACGUUGCAUUUUUUCAACCCUUUUAAGGCUUUUUCAACCUAAAAACAACUUCUAUUUUCUUUCACCCUCCUCCCCACCCCCCUCUCUCCAGAUUUUCCUGCCAUGGGCUCCGGCCCCAUUGACCCCAAGGAGCUCCUCAAGGCCUUGGAUUGUUUCCUGGGCCGUGAUGGGGAGGUCAAAAGCACCGAAGGCAUCACCAAGAUAUUCAACCCAGAGCUGCGCCGCCUGGCCUCCAUCCUGGUCAGCGACUGGAUGGCCGUCAUCCGUUCCCAGAGCGGUUCUCAACCUACAGAAAAAGACAAAAAGAAACGAAAAGAAGAAAACAAACCCAAAAAUCCCAUCCCGGAAAAAAGCCAGGAAUUCAAAUCCGACCCUAAAAACGAAGAAGGGAUGGAGAAAAAAAGGGAAAAACCCAAAUCUUUACGGACCACAGCCCCCAGUCACGCCAAGUUCCGGUCUACGGGGCUGGAGAUGGAAACUCCCUCAUUAACACCAUCCAAGAAAACGAACUCCUCCUCCACAGCCGACAAAUACAACCUGAAACCGAUGCCCAUCAAAAGGCAAAACACUUCUUCCCUUUGUGGGGAUAAUCCUCCGGCGGAGAAAAAAUACAAACCUCUCAACACCACCCCAAAUGCCACCAAGGAGAUCAAAGUCAAGAUCAUCCCACCACAACGUGAGUGGGGGGGAUAUAGGGUCAGCCCCUACCUGACCCCAUAAACGGCCCCAUUGGGGUUGUGGGGUGAUGGGGUGGAUGGGGGUUAUGGGGUGAUCAUCCCACCCCAAUGUGAGUGGGGGGAUAUAGGGUCAGCCCCUCCCUGACCCCAUAAACGGCCCCAUUGGGGCUGUGAGGUGAUGGGGUGGAUGGGGUGAUGGCCCUAUUGGUUGGUGUUAUGGGGUGAAUGGUGUGAUGAUCCUGUUGGGGUGAUGGCCCUAUUGGGGUUAUGGGGUUGAUGGGAUUGGGGGUGAUGAUUCCAUUGGGGUUAUGGGGUCAGAGUGAUGACCCUGUUGGGGUGGAUGGGGUUAUGGGGUGAUCAUCCCACCCCAACGUGAGUGGGGGGAUAUAGGGUCAGCCCCCCUCCCCCCCCGACCCCAUAAGCAGCCCCAUUGGGGUUGUGGGGUGAUGGGGUGGAUGGGGUUAUGGGGUUGUGGGGUGGAUGGAGAUGACUAUAUGGUCCAGAUGACCCCAUAACCUUCCCCCAUUUGCACUGACCCCAUUGGGUUGACCCCAUAGUCCACAUGACCCCAUAACCUUCCUUGGGUUGCAUUGACCCCAUUGGGGGGUUACACCACGGUCUGGAUGACUCCAUAACCUUUCCCCAUUUGCAUUGACCCCAUUGGGGUGACCCCAUGGUCCGGAUGACCCCAUAACCUUCCCUGGGUUGCACUGACCCCAUUGGGAUGCCACCACGGUCCGGAUGACCCCAUAACCUUCCCUGGGCUGCAUUGACUCCAUUGGGGUGAUGCCAUAUUCAGAGUGACCCCAUAACCUUCCUCCAUUUGCACUGACCCCAUUGGGAUGACACUGCGGUCCGGAUGACCCCAUAGGCUUCCCCCAUAGGCUUCCCCCAUAGGCUUCCCCCAUAGGCUUCCCCCAUA